AUGAAUGUCAAUCUUUUGUGCCCCGAAGCCCCAUUUGGCGAACGGGUGGAUUGCAAUUUUGCUGAAGUUGAUGAGAAUUUGACAAAAGACGCCAGAGUCAUGGAUAACAUGCUGAUGUUGGAAAGGAGCACCAUCCCCCGCAUAAACUACUUUGCCAAUUUCCAGGGGGAUCUGCUACCUUUCAUGAGGAAAGUUGUCACCACAUGGAUGUUGGAGGUGUGUGAAGAGCAACACUGCGAAGAACAAGUGUUUCCUUUAGCUGUUAAUUUCAUGGAUCGUUUUUUGUGCGAAUGCGAGAUUCCUCGUCAACAACUUCAACUUGUGGGUGCAACAGCUUUACUGGUUUCCACCAAGAUUCGUCAAUGCCAUAAUUUGACUAUCCAUCUGCUUUGCGCUUAUACUGAUCAUAGUGUCGCCCCUGAAGAAAUUAGGACCAUGGAAGUGUUAAUUCUAACCAAGCUGAACUGGAACUCGAAUGCGAUUACUGGCUUCGACUUUGUUGAUCACCUAAUCGAGCGAAUGCCAUGGGGACAUGAAAGCCGCCUUACCAAACGUCAUGCUCACACCUUGGUGUCUGUCUGCUGUACUGUAUUUUUGAACCAAGUUGUUUGCAUUACUUUUGCACAACGUGUCCCAUAUAGUUAUACAAUAUAG